ACAAAGCCAGGCUCAGUUUCCACAGAGACGUGUCAAACAUCAAAACAGUCUGCUGUCCAACUGUGCAUGUGUAUGGGCCAACUAAAAAUAGUCCAGCAGCUUCCGCAUGCUCAUGUUUGAUUGGAAAUUGCAGCGCCUUAGCUCAGUGCAGUGGGGUAUCUGUCAAAGGAGGGAAAGGACCUUGAACCCUCCCAAAAGGUGACAACGCAAACUUUUUUUUCCCCCCUUUUGGCAUCCCUUGAUUGGAUGGAAAAUGGGUUCACGAAGGACAACAACACGCUCCACGUCUUUGAAUGGAAGGUCCAGCAAUGGGGAUAACGGCAGUGGGAAUAGCCGGCCGAGUGGCUGCAGCUACAUCUCUAACUUGAGGCCAGAAAACAGGAGCACUUUCUGCAGUGUGAUGGCUCUGUUAACUGAGGAAACACAGCCGUCCUUUGAAACAACCCUCAAGUCCAAAGCUGUGUCGGAGAAUUGCACUGUCAAAUUCUCAUGUGUGGUCACAGGACACCCUGUCCCCCAACUGACUUGGUAUAAGGAUGAUAUGCAGUUGGACAGAUACUGUGGACUUCCUAAAUAUGAAAUAUUCCGCAAUGGGCAAAACCAUUCCCUGCACAUUUACAAUUGCACUGUGGAGGACGCAGCUAUUUACCAGGCUUCAGCCAUCAACAGUAAAGGCAUUGUGUCCUGCUCUGGGGUUCUGGAGGUGGGUGAAAUGAACGAGUUCAAGAUCCAUCAGCGCUACUUUGCAAAGCUCAAACAAAAGGCUGACCACCAGCGCAAGGAAACAACAGGUAAAGAAAACCAGGAGCCAUUACGAACCAUCAGUCCAGACCGGACACAGAGGAAACGCCGCUCCACAAUGGAAGCCUUUCUCAGCACGCCUAGCUCCAUGGAGGAUGAGAGUCAUGAGGAGAGUCAUCAGGCCGUGGCUAUAGAGACUGAGGUCAGGCUACAGAAGGCCACUGAGGAGAGGGUCGAGGAGAAGCCUGUGACUAAUGGACAAGUUGUGAAUGAAAAUGGAAACAAGGCGGGGACACACAUAAAUGACACUGCCCAGAAAAUGUUCACUUCACACCAACCCAAAACACCCUUUGUCAAGAAGAAGAUUAAAAUUUCUAAUGCAAAAUUUUCAAAAGCAGAUACACUAAGGGAGAAGCCAUCUGAGGUCAGAGGAGCAAAAGAUGAAACCUGCACAGAUUCAAUAAAGUCUAAGGGGACUUCAGAAGAAAUAAUUAAAGUAGAGAAGAAGUCUGGAUCACGGAUUGUGGAUUCAGGCUCUAGAAAUGUAAGAGAACAACAUGGGACAUCAGCAACACAUGAUGCUGCGGAGAUGCAGACUGAGCAGCUCACAGUAUCUCCUACUGUUUUUACACCUGAAGAUCUGCGUGUGUCAGGAACUGAAGGCAAUCACGUUAAAAAAGUCGGGAAUGGGGGUGGACACAAAGACACUGAGGCAAACUUAGAAAAGCGGAAACGAUUUCUUAAUCUUUACCCAAACCAUACCUCAUCACAGCCAAGGACGAGUAUUGAUUCAACGCGCCUAAGCAAAUUAAAGGAGGGCAUUAAAAAAACUGACAAUGCUGCCGCCAUGGAUAUUGGUGAGAGGCCAGAUAAGUCCCCUGCUGGACCGUUAGCUAGAGCUGACCUCAAGUCAGUGAACACACAGUAUGGUAGCAGGGCCUCUUCGUCUGAGCGUCCCCGCGAACAGGCUGGAGAUCAACUGUCAAAGAAGGAAACGAGUCCCUGUCUGAAGAGUGUGUCUGAGAAUAAGCCACUUCUGCCCAGUGAGGUUACACAAGCACAUACAAAGAUGGAACGGCCUGAUGCACCUGCCGACCUUAAGAUUCCACUCGACAAGUGUAAGAUGGAUGUGUCGCCACGACAAAAAACAGGAAAAGUCGCUCUUGACAAUAUUACACGGGACAAACGGGAUCAUUCCAGGGAAUCACAUGAAAGCCAUCCAGUCUUUUUUAGAGACCGACAGAAGUCACCCAUGGAAAACCUUGAGACCAACCAUGAAUUUAACAUUUCACCACCGACACUGCAAAGCCAAGUUGAUCCGACUAUGAAAGCUGUUGAAGGGACGAGAAUGCAGGUUGAUGACAAGGUUAAGAGUAACAAGGAAGGUGAGUUAUUAAUGAAGGCCGACAACAUGGCUCCAAAUCAUGUAGUUGAGAUGGAGAUUGAAACUGCGGCUCCACGUGUGGUUGAAAAGGCCAGAGAUGCAGUGGAUAACAACGACACUGUCACUGUGGAAGUGUCUUGUGAAGAGAAGAAGGAGCCAUCGUCAAAAUUGGCUGAAGAAAGUUGUUCCAAACUGCAGAACAUGAAGUCAAAUAUAUCAGACACUGCUAUGCCACAUCUAAAAAAUAAUCCAGAGCAUGUAAACACACAGGAGCAAACUGUAGACUUCAAAGAAAUUACAAAACCUGUGUCAAAAGUCAUAUCUGUAGCUGAACUUCUGAGAUCACAAAUAAAAGCACUUGAGCUUUCAGUAGAUAAUACUGUGCCCACUGUACCAUUUCAUGGUGACUUUGUACAAGAACUAACAACAACUGCUGCAGAGACACGUCGGGGAUUAAGGACUGAAGUGAAGAAGUCGAUACCUGAGACCAUCACUGCUGAAGCUCCUCCUAUGACCAUAAAGGCAACACUUAUGGAGGUAUAUCGUCAACUAAAUCUAUUUGAUCAAGAACCAAUUCUGACUCAAAGUCAAACUUCAUUGCACGUUAAGUCUGUUCAUUCUUCAGAAAAAGAUCUUGUUAAAGAAACUACAGGACUUCAAAAGAAUAAUGACGAUGUUGAUAUUAACCAGAAAACUGGAGCAUCACAUCUGGUUCCUUUGAUAGAUCAACCUGCUGUAACGCUCACUGAGAGUCAAAGUGGCAAAGAUACAUAUCUUCCCUCAACUUGUAAGGAUAGAAACACACAACCAUCUGGAGUUGCCAGCCAAGGAUCUGGGAGUUCUCUAAAGGCUAGUCGUCAGGAAUCAAAAGAAGCUGUUCCGAAGCACACCCAAGAUAAACCUGUUCAAGGAAAAGAUAUGGAUAUGGAAUUUGAUCCGGAAAUUAAACUCAAUGGUAAAACUGGAAGGGAAACUGAAAAUGAUUUUGCAAUACCUUUCGAUCAGUGCAAAAUGAAAGACACAGUUUCUCCAAGGAAUUUGCAAAAGUUUCCCGCUCAAAGUGUAUUUACUCUGGAAACACCAGAGAAAACUCCUCAGGUUCUUCAGUCAGACAGCUCUAUGGUUGAGGAAUAUUCAAGGAAUGACUCCUUAACCAAUCCAACACUUGAGGCUAGUCCAUUGUUAAAGAAAAGAAACUGUGUUUCCCCUAUUCCCUCUGCUACCCCACAAGAGCUGGCCUCUGGUGCCCGCCGCAAAAUCCUAGUGCCCAAGGCCAAACCUGAUGAGGCCACAGAAGCCACCGAGGCCACAGAGGCCACAUCACCUGCUGAUAACCAGGAUCAGAAAAAAGAGGUUUCUACCCCGAGCAGCAAGCUUUCUGUAAGUCCUGUGACCCCCUCUACGUCUCCAAGCCUGUCUCGGCGAUCACCUCUACUCCAGCCUCCUGGUGAGAGAACCUCUCCUGUGGAAAGGCGUUCUCCGCUCCUGAACAGGAGGAAGACUACAGUGGAGGCUCAACCUCCAAGCCAGCAGUCCACAGAGAAGAUCCACGACCGGCCCACUGAGGAGAAACCUACUGAGAAGAUCAAGCAUGACCCAUUCAAAGCUCCUCAAGUUAUUCGCAAGAUCAGGGGCGAAACCUUUGCAGAUGCCUCAGGACACUUAAAACUGUGGUGCCAGUUCUUCAAUGUUCUCAGCGACUCUACAAUCAAAUGGUACAAAGAUGAAGAGGAGAUUGUGCAUAUAAAAAGAAAUGCAGGAGACGAGACUCAGGUCAAACUUGCCAUCAUACAAGCAUCAUGCAGAGACACUGGUGUUUACAGAUGCUCCAUUACAAAUGAAUAUGGCACAGACUCAACAGACACACUACUUAGUGCAGAAAUCUUAACAGGAAUGUCCCUCCGAGAGGAUCUUGGAGUUGGAGAAGAAAUCGAAAUGACGCCCAUGUUAUUCAACAAGGGUGUUGCUGACUCUGGGAUGUGGGGCAAUAAAUUAUUUGGUCGCAUUAUGAUGCAGGAGUCUCAUAUCGGCGAUGGCUGCUCUCGCAAGGUCUGGAGAGCAAAAGUCAUAUAUGGUCUGGAGCCUGUGUUUGAGUCUGGUUAUACGUGUAUCAUUAAAGUACGCAACCCUAUCGCCUAUGGAGGCAAAGGAGAAAGCUGCCUGACAGAGAGAAACCUGGACAUCAUCAAGCAGGAGUGUAAAAUUCAGAACCUGGCUCGUGAAUAUUGUAAAAUCUUCACUGCAGAGGCAAGAGGGAUAGAAAACUUUGGCCCCUCGCUUGAGGUGGUUCCAGUCUACUUGAUGUACCGACCAGCAAACCCCGUCCCUUAUGCCACGGUGGAGGCUGAUCUGACAGGAGUCUAUGAAAAAUUCUGUGACGUGGAUUACACUGGCAAGAAAGACAUGAGGACUGGUUCUGUGGCGGAGCAGAAAUGCUGUGCCCUGCAGCACUGGAUCUUUCAGUGGACCAACGGCAAUCUGCUACUCACUCGGCUAGAAGGUGUUGACACCAAGAUCACGAAUGUUGGGAUUGCAGUCAAGUCCACUGGGCAUCAAGGUCUACCUGUUGAAGGGAAUCCCAAAGUUUUCGAGCGCUUUGUCUCGCAGCACCAGUGCAACUACUUCUGUGGUCUGCUUGGCCUGAGGUCACUAAAGGUCGUAGACUCGUUAUUGACACCAACAAAGUCCAAAGGCUCGAAGAGCCCGUUACUUCAACGCAAGUUGGCUGCUGCUUCCCCUCAGAUGGGUCGGAAAGCUGCUGGCAGCCCCAGACUGCCAAGGAAGGCUGAGCAAGAUGGUAUAAAUACUCCCACUAAAGAAAAAGCUGUGGAUGCUCCAAAGGUUGUAGUGUUUAUCUAAAUAUUCAUAAAAUGCCCAGGAAGAGCUAGAGGGAAAACAGACACCUGAUGAAGACCAGGGAAUUCAUUUUUAAUGGCUACCAUUCCUUGCAGUGAACACUUAUUAUGGACUGAUGCUCUCACAUGUUGUGGUGAAUCUCUGUGUCUUGCAUUUAUGCUCAAAUCUUAGGACUGAUGCUGUUAAGCAGUAUGAAGGAAUCGCUUUCCUCAUUUUGUAUUCUAUAAAUCCACAUGCUGUUUUGUUACAGAGUGUGGCUGCCUGUCUGAGGGUCAAUGUAUUUUUACUAUGUUAUUCUGCACUGAAGCUGCAUAAUGUGGCGCCCACUAUGCAAAUGUCAACCUUUAAAUGUAAUGAGCACAAAUGUUAUUAUUUUACCGUUUUGCAACCAGUUAUUUUGCAGUCAAAUGUAACUUGAAACGUGACACCGUUGUACAGUGGCUGAUGGUGCAAAGCUUUUAUUCUUUAACCUGUCAUGUUUACAUGUCAUUGUGCAAUGCACUGCAUUUUAGAAACUGCACAUUUGAAUGCAACUGGCUGUAAAAGAAAAUAUAUAAAUAUGCCUUGUAUGUUUGGAGAGGCUGUGCAUAUUAUGUGCUUUUUAAACUCUAAACGUCAUUCUUAAUAGAAAAUGAUCACAUUAUAUAUGUCGCCUUAUAAACAAUUGCUCCAGUUAUCUGACAGGACUCUUACAUAUUAUUUACAUAUUUGGUUUAUUGGGUAGUUUCAUUUAGGCAAUUCUUUAUUUUUUAGCUUCCACCUUCAUCAGAAUUGUUUUAAAGGCAGAAAUCUGAUCUACUUUCAUUAUACUCUUUCUAUAUGCUAGACAACUGGAAGGCACAAAACAUCUAUAAAAGGGAAAAGUGAAAAUCAAAUAAAUCAAAGAAUCAUGAAGAGACAGAUAACAUCAACUCACAAUAAUAAUUUUACAUCAAAUUAUUGUUUGCAGGUUUCAUAAACGGCAUUAAAAAACAAUGUUACAGAUGAGGCUGAUGGAGAGUAUAUUACUUUUGCGUGUAUUUAGUCGUGAACUAAAGUACUGGACACAUACUUUUGACUUGAUGUUGCUGGAAUGAAGAAGAGAAAUGGUCACCUAACGUAUUACAAGUCAUCCUGAUGGGCACAUGAAUGUGUGCAUCAGAUUUAGCAGCAGUAUUAAACAUGCCGUUACAUAUUCACUACA